AUGGCAUUUAAAGGCUCAAGCCGCAUCCCUCUGGGCGACUCGGAACAUGGAGGUGCGCUCUUCACCCUUCCUCGUGAAAUUCGAGACGAAAUCUAUCGACUUCUCGUCAAAGGGCGUCACUGCGUUUUUCUUCCUUCGGAACCUGUACACGGGGAUACUUUGACAGACGGAAUUGACAAGUUCGACAAACAUGACUUGGUCAUCCUUCGAACUUCAAAAGCCAUCAGCCGCGAAGCACACGAAAUACUUUACUCAGAAAGCAUCUUCCGGUACGGCAUAAACUUCUGGGCGAGCAAGGCACUGGAACCCCCGAUUCGGGCAGUAUAUCGCAUGCAGAAAAUGAAGAUGUGA